GACCAAAACUUUUCAAUCAAAGCUAAAAUAGGAGAAGAAGAAGAAGAAAAACCCCACCAUUCAAAUUCUCCAAUUAGGACACAAAAGGCAAAUCGCCAACAGAAGAAGAAAUCAGUACCUCUCAAUCAUAUUCGCAAAGGAAAAAGAGUUGUGGAGCUGUCAAAGAAUACAAAGCAGAUGGAUAUUGUCGAUCAGGCAAUGGAAGUUCACUUUCAAGAGGAAAUACUUAUGGACAUCCUUAGCAGGUUACCUGUGCAGUCUCUUCUUCGAUUCAAAUGUGUUUCGAAUUUUUGGAAAACAUUGAUCUCCGGGCCUUACUUUAAGAUGAAGCAUCUCAAACAUGCCAAGAAUGAUGAAAAUUCCCAAAAAUUUCUCAUUUGUGCCCUGAGGAUGGUAUAUAUUCCGUAUACUGUUGUCCAUUAACGUUGGUUCAACGGGUUGAGGAUGUACGAAAACUUGAUUGCCCUUCAGACUCUAAAUUGUGGAGAAUCAAUAGUACUUCCUGAUCCAGAAUUUUCACCGAAGGGAGUUUCUUGUUUGGGAUUGGGUUAUGACUCAACUAGCGGUGACUAUAAGAUUCUUAAGGUUGACGAGAAGAAAGAGAACGGUUGCAAAGUACCUAGUGAAAUUCUUGCGCUGAAAAGUGGUUCGUGGAGAAAAAUUGAUAAACAUCCUCGUGACAUUCACAAUGAGUUGUUUGGUACGCAUUCUUUGGCAUUUGUACAUGGGGCAUUUCAUUGGGUCGGUAUUUCAAGAAAUUAUUUUGUGGUUUCAUUUGAUAUUUCAAAUGAAGUAUACGGAGAGAUACCACUGCCAGAGAAAAUAUUUUUGCGUAAUAUUGGCGUUUCAGUAUUGGAAGAAAUGCUUUUUGUUUAUUCUACUUAUGAUUUUUUGCGGGAGAACACUUUUAAGUUAUGGGUAUUGAAAGACUAUAGUGGCAAUAAAUCUUGGGAUGCAUUGUUUACUGUAGGAGAUCCCCAGAUUUAUAAAGUCGUACCAAAAUAUAGGUUUGCGGAUGGUGAAGUCCUAUUCUGGUCCAGGGGUUUUGACGGGCAGUCAUUUAGGACGUCCAGAGGACCAUUUGGAUUGUGGCCUCGAGCUGAUAGCUUUCAGAAUGGAUUCGCUUCUACAGAAAGUUUGAUCUCUCCAAAACUACUUACUUAGUAUUUGCUUAUAUAUGAUCGAAGGCACUUUUCCUUUUUUC